UUUCUCCCUUUCUUUUUAUCUUCUCAUUUUCCAAGGAGGAGGCAUUUUCACUGACAGCUUCUUGGACGGCUCUGGGACACCAUUUUUCUGAGGAGGCAAGCUCUUGGCUGUAAUAUUUCAUUGCUGUCAUGGCCCCUAAGAAGAAGAAUGUGAAGAAGAACAAAGCAGAUAUCAAUGAAAUGACUAUCAUCGUGGAAGAUGGUCCCCUCAGUAAGCUAAAUGGCUUGAAUGGACUCUUGGAAGGAGGAAAUGGUUUCAGCUGCAUUUCAUCUGAAGUUUCCGACCCAUCAUAUAGCCCAAAUCUCUUGGAAGGUCUAAGCAAAAUGAGACAAGAAAAUUUUCUUUGUGACUUGACUGUCAGUACCAAAACCAAAUCCUUCAGUGUUCAUAAGGUGGUAAUGGCUUCAAGCAGUGACUACUUCCACAACAUCUUAAAGAAAGAUCCAUCAACUCAAAGAGUAGACCUCAAUGACGUAUCCCCAUUGGGUCUAGCUACUGUUAUCACUUAUGCUUACACUGGAAAACUUACUCUCUCACUUUACACAAUAGGUAGUAUUAUUUCCACAGCAAUUUAUCUACAGAUUCACACCCUUGUAAAGAUGUGCUGUGAUUUUCUAAUCCAAGAAAUCAGUGUUGAGAAUUGUAUGUACAUUGCCAAUAUUGCAGAAACGUAUGGACUGAAAACAACCAAGGAAGCAGCACACAAGUUUAUUAGAGACAACUUCAUUGAAUUUUCAGAAACAGAUCAGUUCUUAAAACUUACUUUUGAUCAGAUUAAUGAACUUCUUGCAGAUGAUGACUUGCAGUUGCCUUCUGAAAUUGUCGCAUUCCAGAUUGCAAUAAAAUGGCUGGAAUUUGACCAAAAAAGAGUAAAGUUUGCUGCUGAUCUCUUAGGUAACAUCCGUUUCGGUACGAUCUCAGCUCAAGACCUUGUCAAUUAUGUUCAAACUGUGCCGAGAAUGAUGCAAGAUGCAGACUGCCAUAAGCUCCUGGUAGACGCCAUGAACUAUCACUUGCUUCCCUACCACCAGAACACACUGCAGUCCAGAAGAACGAGGAUCCGUGGAGGCUUCAGAGUCUUAGUCACUAUAGGGGGACGGCCUGCUCUAACAGAAAAGUCCCUUAGCAGAGACAUCUUAUACAGAGAUCCUGAAAACGGAUGGAAGAAGCUGAGUGAAAUGCCUGCUAAAAGCUUUAAUCAGUGUGUGACGGUGAUGGAUGGAUUUCUCUAUGUGGCCGGUGGGGAAGACCAGAAUGAUGCCAGGAACCAAGCCAAGCAUGCAGUCAGCAAUUUCUGCAGAUACGACCCUCGUUUCAACACCUGGAUUCACCUGGCAAACAUGAAUCAGCGGCGCACCCACUUCAGCCUGAAUGUGUUCAACGGGCUCCUCUUCGCCGUGGGCGGUCGGAACCCUGAGGGUUGCCUCUCCUCGGUGGAGUGCUACGUGCCUGCCACUAAUCAGUGGCAGAUGAAGGCGUCCUUGGAGGUGCCCAGGUGCUGCCACGCCAGCGCGGUGGUGGACGGCCGGAUCCUGGUCACGGGAGGUUACAUUAAUAACGCUUACUCUCGCUCGGUGUGCAUGUACGACCCCAGCAAAGAUAGCUGGCAGGAUAAGUCCAGCCUCAGCACCCCGAGGGGGUGGCACUGCGCGGUGUCCCUUCUGGAGAGGGUCUACGUCAUGGGGGGGUCUCAGCUGGGGGGGAGAGCGGAGAGGGUCGACGUUCUCCCCGUGGAGUGUUACAGUCCUUACACGGGGCAAUGGAGUUACGUCGCGCCCCUUCAAACCGGGGUCAGCACGGCUGGCGCCUCCACCCUUAACGGGAAAAUUUACUUAGUGGGUGGCUGGAAUGAAAUAGAGAAAAAAUACAAGAAGUGCAUUCAGUGCUAUAACCCGGAUCUCAAUGAAUGGGCAGAGGAAGACGAGCUGCCUGAGGCCACUGUGGGCGUAUCCUGCUGUACCAUAUCCAUGCCCAACACCAAGACGAGGGAGUCCAGGGCCAGCUCAGUCUCUUCUGUCCCAGUCAGUAUUUAAAUACAGGGCUAAUCAGCAAGAAUGAAAAAUGUUUACCAGCACAGCAGUAUAAUUAACCCUUUAAGUAGCAUUUUUGUACUUAUAUGGAAA